GCGGCCUGCAGGCGGCGCUGUGGGCCGGCGGGCGGCGUCCGGGAGCCGCCAUCGCCGCGCAACGUCCGGGCCGGCCGCUGGGCGCCGCCGCCAUGGCCGACGCGGAGGACGGCGACGAGCCGUGCGCCCUGCUGGCGUCUCACGCGGCCGGCGCGGGCGCCAAGGCGGCCGGCGACAAGAUGUUCUCGCUCAAGAAGUGGAACGCGGUGGCCAUGUGGAGCUGGGACGUGGAGUGCGAUACGUGCGCCAUCUGCCGGGUGCAGAUGCCUGUCUUAGAUGUCAAGCUGAAAACAAACAAGAGGAUUGUGUUGUGGUCUGGGGCGAGUGCAACCACUCCUUCCACAACUGCUGCAUGUCCCUGUGGGUGAAGCAGAACAACCGCUGCCCCCUCUGCCAGCAGGACUGGGUGGUCCAGAGAAUCGGCAAGUGAGCCAGCGGGAGCCUUUCGGGGUGCAGCCGUCAGGACCCCCGGGGACGCCGGCCGCAGAUGGCGCCGCAGCGGGUCGCCGGCGCCCGCCGAGUCUGCACGUCCGGCCCGCUGGACUCGCCAGAGGCCCACCGGGCUCCUCAUUCUGUUGGUUCUGGUUUUUAGAAAGUCUCCACAAUUAAGAUGAUAAUUUAUUACAGUCGAGCUUCCCUACCUCUGUGCCGCGUGGCGCGUGCGGCCUUGAAGCGACCGUGGGCCGCGGGGCUGCGGGACCCGGCACCGGCUCUCCCGGGACCCCGGGCGUGUGGUCGCAGCGCCGGGCACGAGAGAGCUUAUGCAUGCGCUGGUUGAUGGGUUUUUAAAAAGACGAUGUGACGGUAACCAAUAAAGUGCAGUUUAAAAGGCAA